AGUGUAAACAGGAAUGCGGAGUGUAAAUAGCGUGGAAAUCAAUUUGCUGUGAAAAUGAGUUCCAUGUCAUGUCAAAUUUAUUUUGAUAAUUCAACCAGAGUGUUCUACGGCGGACAAUUGCUUAGCGGUCGCGUUGUUUUCCAAUUAACUAAGCCGAAAACAGUCAGAGGGAUUUAUGUGAAAAUUAUCGGUCGCGCUUAUUGCCGAUGGACAACUGGAUCGGGACAUCACAGUAAAACGAAUGUUGGAGAAGAAUUCUAUUUGAAUGAAAAGACAUUUUUCGUCGGUGGUGAUAGUGGAGAAGUGGUACUUUCACCGAGAGAAUACAAUUACACAUUUAGUUGCAUGCUACCGGCAGACCUACCCACAUCGGUUGAAGGAAAAAUUGGAUACAUUCGUUACGUGGUUCUCGUGCACGUGGAUAGACCAUUAUGGUCAGAUCGACGAUUUCAAGAAUGUUUCACUGUACUCAAGGUGCUAAAUCUAAACGAAGGGAUUGUGCUUAGAGCUCCUCUUGUGAGAGAAGAUCGCAAAUCAUAUUUCAUUUGUUGCCUGUUAUGUUGCUGUACAUCGGGUCCGCUGAUUGUGAAAGGAAGUAUACCGGUUGGUGCGUAUGUACCUGGCCAAAUUAUCGACGUUUUUUUGAAAAUCAAUAAUGGCAGCGAUCAAACAUUUACAAAUUUUAUUAUUCAAAUAAUAAAGCAAAUACAGUACCACACGCAUGCUAAUAGCUCGACAAAAAAACUUGAUACGGUUGUGGUAAAAAGUGCCAGUUGCAAUGGUUGCCCCAAGUACCAGUCCAAAACGUACAGAUUACCGAUAACCGUUCCAGCAAUACCACCAACCGAUGAAUCAACCAGCAACAUUGUUAAAGUCAGCUACCGAUUGCAGAUUCAAGGAUCGGCCGGCUGUUUACGAAAUGAUCCAGUCCUAAUUUUUCCGAUCAAAAUCGGAACUUUUCCGAUUCUGCUGAACCACACAGCUAUAACUCAGCAACCAACAGUGCCAAGACAGACAAUCUUUGUGAGAUUGCCUCCAUUACCAGCAGAUUCGUUUAAUUCAUCUGUUCCAUCUGCAGAUGCUACUUGUGGUGGGGAUGCUCAUGACAUAGAUCCUCCCACGUAUGAGGAAGCGAUUUCCAGUUUUUCCGGUGAUGUUCCUGGAGCGGCCUUUAGACCAUCUUAUCCAGUUUUUCGAAGAACUCCUUCGUACACUACAAAAACAGACAUUUAAAUAUUUCACACCGUCGACAACACAAAACGUUGUUUUUUAAAGAUCAGACUUUUGUUUUGUGAUUAAGAGACAAAACAUGAGAAAUAAAGAAAU